ACGCAGUCACACAGCGAACUUAUCGAAUGUUGUCGAGUUACGCUUCACGAAUUACGUUUUCAUUAGGUAUAAUUGGACUUCGUAAUAUUGCACACGAGUUCGUGUUUAAAAAGCGAUAAAUAUAAAUGAUAAAAGGUCGCUUCCAGCCAGUAACUGCCCAAGGUCGCACGGUGUUGUUUUAACUUUUACCAGUUUAUCAUGUAAUAAAUACAAUAAGAGUUCAGUGUUUUUAAAAGAAUCGGAAAAAUGUCGCUUAAAAAUAUAUUGCUAAGAACAAUCAACCAGAAAAAUAAAUACAUAAACUUGGCUGCCACAGCAGUGAAGAUCAACCAAGAGCAAUACAAUUAUAGAGAACAAAAUAGACAAUACAGAAAGACAGUUGCCACAGCUUUGUUCAGCUCUGUGCUAAUUGGAACUGUAUUAGCAGAAAAAUCUAAAAAUGAAAGCAAGGGCAAAGACAAGAAUAAGGAUGAUAAUAUAUGUGAAGCGGGAGAAAGGAGGCCGGAUCUACCUACAUACAGGGCUGAGGAAGUUAGCAAACAUGAUUCUGUGGAAAGCUUUUGGGUAAUAUACAAGAACGGCGUGUACGAUGUGACCUCAUUCCUGCCCUCCCAUCCUGGAGGGGACCAGAUCAUGAACGCGGGAGGUCUCAGCAUAGAACCGUUCUGGAACGUCUACGGCAUGCACAAGACGAAGGAUAUCUGCGCCUUAUUGGAGAGUUAUAGAAUAGGUAACCUUCACGAAGAUGACAUGAUGGACCAUUCCGGUGACGAGUUGUGGGUGAAGGAGCCGAGCAGAGACAAGCGGCUGAUAGUGAAGACCAGCAAGCCGUUCAACGCGGAGAUACCGGCCAAGCUACAGGUCGAACACUUCGACACGCCCAACGAAUUAUUUUACGUCCGUCAACACAUGCCUGUUCCAGAGUUGGACUCGUCUCAGCAUCGAGUGCGGGUGACCAUAGAGAAUGGAGAGACAGUGACGCGCGAGUUCAGCCUGCAGCAACUGGACAUGUUCCCGCGGACUCAAGUACGCGCCGCGCUCAUGUGUGCCGGGAACCGACGCAGUGAGAUGAAUGAGCAGGUGAAGCCAGUGAAGGGCAUAAGUUGGCAGGGCGGCGCCAUCAGUAACGCGGUGUGGGAGGGCGUGCUACUGGUCGACGUACUGAGGGCCUGCGGGGUCGACAACACCGACGUCGCCGGGAAACACGUCAUUUUCACAGGCUCGGACAUAGACGCGACUGGAGUGAACUUCUCGACGUCGAUUCCGUUGGAGCAGGCCCUGAACCCGAGCAACAGAAUCCUGCUGGCGACCCACAUGAACGGCGCCGUCCUACCGCCCGACCACGGACACCCGCUGCGGGCCGUCGUGCCCGGCGCGCCCGCCGUCAGGAGCGUCAAGUGGCUGGAGUCAAUAACAAUAUCAAAAGACGAGAGUUCGUCUCACUGGCACCAGAAAGACUACCGUUCCUUCAACGCGUCCAAGACAUGGGAGACAGCGGACUUUGCGACCGCCCCGCCUAUAUACAGCCUGCCUGUCACGUCCGCUAUAUGCGACCCAGCCAACGGAGACACCGUUGUGGCAAAGAAUGGAGUCGUAGAAAUUAGAGGUUAUGCCUACUCCGGCGGUGGUGCUAAGAUCCUCCGAGUGGACAUAUCACCAGACUGCGGUGAGACCUGGGUGCAAGCUGAGGAGAUGCAGACUGAUGAUGCACCGCCUCAGCAACACUACUCCUGGACGCUGUGGACUGCCAGGAUACCCGUCCGUAAGGAGCAGAAAGAGAUUGAAUUAUGGGCGAAGGCCACGGACAGCAACUUCAACACUCAACCAGAGAAGUUUGAUGAUAUUUGGAACAUUAGAGGGCUACUUAGUAACGCUUAUCAUAGAAUCAAAGUACAGAUCAAACAUUAGUUAUGGUAAUUUUUAUGUACAAUUUUGUUCACUUAGUGUUAAGGUCGAUUUUUAAACGUAUCUGUUACCAUUUUAAUAUUUUUUUACGACUGUUGCAAGUCCUUGAUUUUCAAAUGUUUUAUGUUCAAGAACAAAAUAUUGUUAUCGAUAUUCAAACUGACAACACUGUUUUACUUUUACCAAAUGGCCUUAGUUCGUUCUAGAUAGGAUUUAAAGUAAUUUUGUCUACUUAUGAUUAAUUUAUUAUAAUAUUAUGCACGAACUGAAAGGAGAAGGCUCGAUCUUCAUAUACUCUGUUUUAGUCAAUCUCUGGUGUUGUGCUUACAUUUAGUUUUAGUGCUCGAAACUCAAGAUUUUUGCUCUAUAAACUGAUCAAGUAAAUUUUUAUACACUUAUUUUUACAUUGUUAUCCGUACAAGAUUUUUCUUUAGUGCUAUCGUUAUGUAAUGAUUUCAUGUGUCAAACAUACCUGAAUUAUAAUGUUUACAAAAAUAAUAAUAUAUUUUUUUCAUUUCUUGCCCAGAUCGCUAAUUACAAUCAACUAUACUACAAUUGAAUAACUGUUUACAGGAACAUAUAAAUCUUUUUCCUAAACAGUAUGUAAUUAGAGACAGAUAACAAUAUGUUAUGUAACUAUUUUAUACCUGACAAAAAUCCGCGAUUACCUUAAUCGACCAUGACAGUGCUUAGUAUGUACAAGACGAUACUCAAAGCCGUAUUAUUCCUAAGGCAACCUAUGCAAGUGCCGGGCACCAGGUAACACCAACGCGCGAGUCACGUGUACCCAGUAUGAUUACGGCGCCAAUAAAAAUUCAGAGGCGCCUAUGAAGUGCUUGUCUAGUGCGCUCUUUGAGAUUAAUCUGCAUCUGACCAUAUUACUCACGCCAAUGCAUUUACUUGACUACAAUUAAUUUAUUGGGCUACACUUAGAUAACAAUGUUGUUUCGAUAAUUUAAGGUUAUGAAUAUAAUUUUAAUUGUAUUUAAA